CGCACAAGCUGGCGGUGAAUGGGAUGGAAGAAGAGUUCUUGUUUUGUAUAUCAGUUUCUGUCUUUUUUAUGUAUUUUGGGUUAAAAAUCAAGCGAACAAAGCGAAGAUUCCUCCUGUUACACUGUUCAAAACUUUAGGGCGCUAAAGGGAAUAAAUUCAUCCGCGGGAUAGGGUGUUAGUGGUGAAAUGCUCGGCUGUUUGUAGAUAUAUAUUUAAAUAAUUGGUGAGUGUGUGUGUAAGUGUAUGAAGAUCGGGGUUUGACUGCUGGAGGAGUGUGUACGAGGCUCCACCCCCCCACUCUGCCAGUUGGAUGGUGUUCAAGACGGCAGACGUUGGGAAGGCAGCUGUGUUGGGUUUUGGGAGGAAGAGAUCGAUGAUGGAACUGCAAAAUUUACAGGAAGCACUCAAAGUGGAAAUCCAGAUCCAUCAGAAACUCGUGAGCCAGAUGAAGCAAGAUCCACAGAAUGCAGAUCUGAAGCUGCAGCUCCGUGACCUGCAGGCCAAGAUCACAGCGCUGAGUGAGCGGCAGAAAAAGGUGGUGGAGCAAUUAAGGAGAGAUCUACUGGUGAAACAGGAAGAUAUGAAGCUGCAGACACUUCAAGCCGAUGGGCAAACAUCUACCUUGCUCAUCACACAGACACAGACGCCUCUGCCUGCUGCCAGCCUCACUGCUCCACAGAGCUCUGUGGCCCCUGUCAUUGCUUCAAAGACUCUACCUCUGAUGCUGAGAGCUGCCACACCCACCUCACCUAUCAUCAUGACACCAGGACCUACUAUAACCGUGGUUACAACCCUUGGCAACACACUCCUGGCAAGCCCUCCUAGCUCAGAUCCUCAAAAGUCCCCAGUAAACUUCCAACCAGUCAUCCAAACGACCAAUCAGGGAGCAGAGCCGGUGCGAGUCAUACCCAAUAGCACUGUUGUUGUGCAAGCUGCCUCCCAACCAAUCAAAGUUCCUCAGUUUGUUCCUCCAGCCAGACAGACAACUCGGCCAGCCACUCUACCGCAGGUCAGGCCAAAACCUCCAGUGUCUUUGUCUCCAGCUGCUGCUCAGGUUUCUGUGCACACCUUACAGUCACCGGUGUUACUGAGCACUGCCCUCCCUUCCUCUGGUCACGUCCAGCAGAUGCGUAUCCUCAAUGGCCUGCCCUGCCCCAACAGCUGUAACAACACAAGCAUCCUGAUCUCCACAUCUACACACGCGCAGAGACACACACAGCAGUUACCUCACAACAGCCCAAGCUCUGACAACACGAUACCCACAGUGGAAUAUGGGACAGAGCCAAAGACUUCAUUGCUCAUCUCUCCAGACACGCCUACACACACUUCACCUCCACUGUCUUUAGAUACGCCAUCUUCACCUGCCCCCACCAACACACACACUCCUGCCUCCAAACAUCAGGAGAGCCCUCUGAAACUGGCCUUCAUGUUGUCUCUGGGACUGGUCACACGCGACUAUCUAGAAGAGAUUCAAAGCAGGCGUCAGGAACGCAAGAGACGAACAACAGCAAAUCCAAUAUAUAGUGGAGCCAUGUUUGAACCAGAGCGGAAGAAGAGCUCAGUGUCGUAUCUGAGUUCCAUAAACCAGUCUAGCAGGAAGAGAGCCAAUGAGGACAGCUUGUCAGAGAUUCUGCAGAAGGAAGAUGCCAUUGAGUGGCCAGGGACUCUUGCUAUUGUCCAUUCCUACAUCUCCUAUAAAGCAGCUAAAGAGGGAGAGAAAGAUCGUCUGAAGAGAUGGAGCACAGAGCUGCAGCAGGAAAGAGAGACGCUGGAGCACAGAAUCGGACAGCUCAGCGACUCUAUAACGAGCUGUGUGGACAGCAAGAACAGCGUACUGGCCCAGCAGAGAGAGAUGGAGGCUUCGCUUGAGAAAACGAGAGGGCUGGUGUGUCUGAUCAGAGGGAUCCAGUUGUCUCCCUUCAUCUGCCCUGAGGUCAUGGCUAAUGGAGAAACCUCGCACAAUGGAGCUUCCAAAUCCAGUGCGGUCACCACAGACACAAACAACAACACAAAUACCCCAACAAGCUCCUCAGAAGCGACGGUGAUAAUUAGCACCCUCACAAACACGAGCGAUACCUUAAAGCAGAUCGCCACGAAUAACAACCCAGAGGCUGCCGGUGCAAAGAGCGAUGAGGGCAGAGGGGAGAGCGCUCAGAUCAACAGCACAUCCAGAAUCAAGGGCGAACCCACAAAUAUAAACGCCGCAGCCUUCAGCAAUAACAGCAGCAACCAGGCGGUUCUCAGUACCAAUGGAACUGUGUCCACAGGAGAGGAGAAUACAAAAAAACAUAAAAACAACAAAGACCUCAGCGUCAUCCCGCAGGCCCUCCUCGGCUCAAUCGUGCCCCUUACAGAAGUGACAGAGGGGGUGAAAUAGCAUCGACUACCACGCCACAGUUGGGGCCCAAAGCGUGCCAGUUAACAGUGUUGUUGUUUCGUGUUGUCGUUUCAUCCCUUGUAUCUAUGAGGGAAAGAAAAUCCAUCGUGCCAUUUACUACAUGCAGGAAGGAGGUUCCUAAAGUACCAGCAAUGUGUAUGCUCACGUAUGCACACCGAAAAGAUUUCUACAAAGAAUAAUGAUAUAGAAAAGAGUAAUAAAAUUUAAAGAUAUCACACCAUUGUGUGCCUGAUACAGUUGCCAUAGCACCUCUGAGUGGGAAAGCUUCUGAAGGCUGGAUCGGGGUGAAGGUCUCGUCCUGCUAGAUGAGUAGUGCAGCUUCCUAUCAGGUCCUGUAGCUCUGAUCUAAAACAUAAGAUAUGACGUGUUGAGGAGUUCAGUGUCCGUUUUGUCUGUGAAACACAACUGAGGUGCAGUUGUUUCGUCUAGUUUUCAGUUGUUGUGUCUCCAGGGCAGAACAUGGAGCGCAAAAACAGGUUCUUUGUCACACACUGACAGAAAUACAGGUCUUCCAGGCGUUCUUCUGGAGGUUUAACUAUUUUCAUUUGCAUUUGUCUAUUUUGUGGUGUUUUUGAAAAACCGAAACAUUUCUGUAAAUAUGUUUUGCUAUUUUUUACAUAUGACCUUAUUUAUAAUUUUCUUCUUUCUUACAAAAAUAUUCCGUAAUUCUGUUCUGCCAAAUAAUCGAUGCCACAGGGAACUGUUCUUUUACGUUACUCGGAACAUUAGAUAGAUAUUUAAGAGUAGUAGAAUAGUAUUUGUAGUGUCAGUCCUGAAGUGAGGUCUGUGAGGUAAAUUCUGACCAUGCCUUAUCUACUGAACAGAUGUGAUUUAUUGAGAGCGCAGUUCAGGCGCCGUCACAGAAGGGAAUGAUUUGAGAUGUCUCUCACAUCACUCUCACUCCAUUUCCACAUUCAGAGGAUUUUUUAUUUACCCAGACUGUAGCAGGGGUCUCAUGCCUUGUCCAACGACUUAGGAGGAAUCGUGCAGUCAGAAAUAUCCCAUAAAACCGCUAUGCCAGUAACGUUACACUUAUGGGCCAAUUUAAGGGCUUCUGUUCUGUAUCAUUUUAACACACUUUACUACACUGUUCUGUAAACCUCUCCAAAAGCACAACACAGCAGGCGUACGUUAUACGUGCCUAGCGCAACUACUUUACCAUUGUCUCUUAGGGGCUCUUCUGUUAUCGCUUUAUUUACCUUUUGCAUUUCUCUAACCGUAUCAGAGCUCUCGACGCUCUCUCACUGCUGUGCAUUUCACAGUGUGUGUCUGCACAUGAACAAGCACAGACAAACACCAGAACCAGACCAGUUCUAACAUCUGAGAUACAGCAGCCGUAGCUUGAACACUGUAUCAUGUGCACAGACGACACUUCCAGUGUGUUUUUUUUGUUUUUUUUUUUAAAGAAAAAAGCACAAGAAAUAAUCCAGAAACACAAUAGUGUCAAACACACUUUUGAU